GAGAGAGAGAGAGAAAGAGAGAGAGGGGGUGGCUGCAUUGCAAAAGAGAAUGGGAGGGUAACCAGCUGCUACCCAGUCAAUUUCCCAAUCCAGCCACUGGCUCUUGAAUACUCGCACACGUUUUUUUUUUGUGUGUUUGGUGGCGGCGGGGGCACAUCGACCCGAAAACAAAGGGACACCGCCAACACUCCCAAACUGCGACAAGCCCGCUGAACUCCAGCGUUUUUCCCGUUCGCGUCUGGGAAGUAGCGCAUCAGUUCAUCAGACUGGAGGUCACCGUGACAGAGGCGUUAAUUGCUCGCAUGGACAGUACAGCCGUACUCGUCAGCUUCGGCAGCGAAAUGGAGAUGGAGCACUUCGACGAGCGGGACAAAGGUCAGAGGCACGGCCGGUCCAGCGCCAAGAUGAACGGGGUACCGAGCCCCACGCACAGCGCCCACUGCAGCCUGUACCGGACCCGGACCCUGAAGACGCUGAGCGCCGAGAAGAGGGCCAAGAAAGUUCGCUUCUACCGCAACGGGGACCGCUACUUCGACGGAAUCGUGUACGCCAUCUCCUCGGACAGGUUCCGGACCUUUGACGCGCUGCUGGCCGAUCUUACCCGCGCCUUGUCUGACAACGUCAACUUGCCCCAGGGGGUCCGGACCAUCUACACUCUGGAUGGCAAGAAGAUCACUAGUAUUGAUCAGCUGGUAGAAGGUGAAAGCUACGUCUGCAGCUCCAUUGAGGCCUACAAAAAGCUGGAUUACACAAAAAACGUCAACCCCAACUGGUCAGUGAAUGUUAAGGCCUCGUCCACUUCCUCACGUGGGGCUCUGUCCCUGAGCUCCGCCAAAGCCGGCGGCCCGGAGGGCCGCGAAGGCAAGGACUUCAUCCGCCCAAAGCUGGUGACGGUGGUUCGGAGCGGAGUUAAGCCCCGCAAAGCCGUGAGGAUCUUGCUGAAUAAGAAAACAGCUCACUCCUAUGAGCAGGUUCUAACCGAUAUCACUGAUGCCAUCAAGCUCGACUCCGGGGUGGUGAAGAAGAUCUACACGUUGGAGGGCAAACUGGUGGCAUGUCUGCAGGACUUCUUUGGUGACGAGGACGUCUUUGUGGCCUGCGGACCAGAGAAGUUCCGCUACCACGACGACUUGAUGUUGGAUGAGAGCGGUAAGGGAAAAGAGUGCCGCAUGAUGAAGUCAGUGACCUACGGCAGGAUGUCAGGCUCUCUCAACCGAUGCUCCCCCAGGACUGUCAUCCAGUCACAGCGCAGCAAGUCCCCGGCAUCUGUGAACGGGAUGCCAGCCAGUCAGAUGUCCACUCCUCAUUCGGGAAAGUCUCCCAGCCCUUCCCCGACCAGCCCUGGAAGCCUCAGCAGACGCCGGGAGUCACAGGGUUCUUCCACCUCUCUGUCUUCCGCCCAAGCUCCUAGCCCGGUGGAAGACGGCAACGGCGUCAUUUCUGAAGCUGAGAUUCUCCAGGAUGAAGUUCCCGCUGUGCCGCCCUACUUAUCAGAGCGCUACAGGGUGGGGCGGAUGCUGGGCGACGGGAACUUUGCGGUUGUGCGGGAAUGCGUGGAGCUCUCCACGGGGCGGGAGUACGCGCUGAAGAUCAUCAACAAGGGCAAAUGCAGAGGCAAGGAACACAUGAUACAGAACGAGGUGGCCAUCCUCCGCCGGGUCAAGCACCCAAAUAUCGUUUUACUCAUCGAAGAGGUGGACACUUACAAUGAGCUUUACCUGGUCAUGGAACUGGUCAAGGGGGGAGAUCUGUUUGACGCCAUCACCUCAGCCAACAGAUACACGGAGAGGGAUGCCAGCGGGAUGCUCUACAAUCUGGCCAAUGCCAUCAAGUACCUCCACAGCCUCAACAUCGUGCACAGAGACAUCAAACCAGAAAACCUCCUGGUGUACGAACAUGCAGAUGGCAGCAAAAGCCUGAAGCUGGGAGACUUUGGUUUGGCGACCGUGGUGGACGGACCCCUCUACACCGUCUGCGGGACCCCAACAUAUGUAGCACCUGAAAUCAUUGCAGAGACAGGGUAUGGCCUUAAGGUGGACAUCUGGGCAGCUGGAGUCAUCACCUACAUCCUACUGUGUGGUUUCCCACCCUUUCGAGGAAGCAGUGAGGACCAAGAAGCCCUUUUUGAUCAGAUACUGAUGGGGCAGCUCGAAUUUCCCCUGCCAUACUGGGACAACGUGUCAGAGACAGCCAAGGACCUGAUCCGAUCCAUGCUGGAGGUGGAGGUGGACCAGAGAUACACUGCCCUGCAGGUGCUGGAGCACCCAUGGGUUACUAAUGAGGGUCUGUGUGAAAACGAGCACCAGCUGUCUGUAGCAGGAAAGAUAAAGAAGCACUUCAACACGGGGCCGAAGGUCAACGACUCCAAUGCAGGGGUGUCGGUCAUUUCUGCCACCCCUCUUGAUAAGGAGGGGCAGAUUCUCAGACGAGGACGCCACCCGAAUGUGAAACCGUCGCCUUUGCAGAUGAUCCAGACUGUGAGCGCAGAAACGACAGCAAACGCACGCCGGCCGGAACUUCCCAGUUGCCUACCCGGCCUGCCCGCAGACCCUCCCUCUCCGACCCCUGACACUUGCUCCGACCCCUCCUCGGAUCCAAGCCCCCUGUCGGACUCCGAUGAUGUCUCCAUCAGCUCGGUCAGCACUGUCUACUCCCCCGGCUCGCCCUUCUAGUGAUCGGAUGGAGGGGAGGAGAAGGAGGAGGAGGUGGAGAAGCAAGGAGGAAAUCCUCCUCCCACUCGCCCUUUCAGUGAUUGGAUGGAGGGGAGGAGGAGGAGGAGGAGAAGCAAGGAGGAAAUCCUCCUCCCACUCGCCCUUCCAGUGAUUGGAUGGAGGGGAGGAGGAGGAGGAGGAGAAGCAAGGAGGAAAUCCUCACCCAGCUCCUCUUGUAUAGAGGAGAAGGAGGAGGAGGAGGAAAAGGAGAUGUCUCCACAUCUUCUUGUUGGGGUCACUGCGGAUAACAGCAGAGAAAAGACGACAGAGAGAGAAUUUUAAGAUCCCCUGAAUCCAUCUAUCCAAUUUCAUAAAAGGAGAGAUUGAUGGAGGGGUGAAAGAAGAACGAUGACUUUCUUUUAUUUCUUUUUAACGUUCUCUUAUCUGAGCACAUGUCGAGCUCAAGGAGCAAGAAAGGGGCAAGAACUGUUUGCCAUUUUCGGUGAUGAUCCGGGCCAAACAUGGAAACUUCCUCACGCUGGAACAGCUCAAUAUGGCAAUAUGAGAACUCUGACCGAUGUUCAUGUUUUACUGAACCUUUAUUUAAUCAUGGUUUAUUUACUGCAUUUUUUUAUACGUAUCUCUCUUUUUCAUAGAAGAAAAAAAAAACACGUUGUCCUUGUCCUAAAGAGUUUGGUGGAUUGAAAAUGAAGGAAAAGUCCGUAGAAGUAGAACUCGGAGAGGUUUAAAAGUAGGCUGCGGUAGACUUGAUGAAACAGUGGAAUCCGAGCUACAAGAAGUAGAAAUGAGUGAAAAUGUUCAAAGACUCCACACGGCCUUCUCCUAACUUUGGGUUUACAUUUUACAAAGACGUUAAUGGUGCAUUCUAUCACUACUUUUUACUUUGGUACCUGCUAUAGUCACAACAUCUCAAACCAGACAAAUACAGCAGCUUCCGAACGCUUGUAGCAGACAUCUGAACUACUUUUUUUGUUAACACAAUCAUUAACUGACACCCUCCUUGAUCUUUAUCUUCAACCAACACCACAGCUGUCAUUCAUUCGUUCUCAGCCGUGUCUCAACAAAGUUGGAAUAUCCUCGAAAAGUUCAUUUGUUUUUAGCAACUUGAUUCGAACAGUGAAACUCAGAUACACCACGUUUGUAACCAGAGUUGUAAUUUACCGCCGUUGAUUUCAGGUGAUUUUGAUGUUUGUGGCUUGCAGCAUUUGAAAACCCAAAAUUCUUUCACAGAAAAAAAUUGUAAUAUUAUUUGAGGGCUUUUAUUUUGGACAGCUUACUGAAAAGUAUAUCCAUGUAGCUACUGUACAGAAUAUGCACACAAUGCUUGUUCAGGGGCUCCUUUUGCAUCCGCUACUAUAGUUCAGUGGAGCACGGCACGCAGGCAAUCCGCCUGUCGCUCCGCUUGGAUGUCAAGCAAGCCCAGGCUGUUCUAAUAGUGGCCUUCAGCUUGUCUGCAUCGCUGAUUAUGAUGUUUCUCAUCUUCCUAUUGACAACAUCUCAUAGAUUCUUUAUUAUGUUUAGGUGCGGUAAAUUUGCUGACCAAACACGCACAGUGAUAGCUUGGUCAGUAAACCAUACACGACAGUCGUUUUGGCAGCAUGAAAUCAGAAUCUUUAUCAAAUUUGUCAGCUGACGGAGGCAUCUAUGGGGAUUUGUUGAGGCGACUUAACCAAGUUCUUGAAUGGACGCUGCCUCACUUUUGCUUGUGCACCUUUUUCUACCAUACUUUUUCCUUCCACUCAGCUUUCCGUUGAUAUGCUUGUACACAGCACUCUGUGGAAAUCCAGCCUCUUCAGCACCUGCCUUUUUCUGUCAUUGACAGUCAGCUGCACAACCAUUGAGUCAGCACUUCCCCAUAAUUGUAUUCCCCAUAACACUCCCAUAAAAUAAUAAAAUAAUUUUUUUUUUUUCAUCUCAUGUAAUCAUAUGGCUAUGUGAUUAACGGGGUUUUGGAUUUUCAUUAGUUAUGAGCCAUCAAUAAUCAUCCAAAAUUAACAGAAGUAACUACUGAAAUGGAUUCCACUGUGUGUGUAAUAACUGUGUAAUACAGGAUUUUCAGCUAUUGAAUUAAUUUAAUAAAAUAAAUUAGCUUUUUGAUAUUCCAAUUUAAUGAGAUGCACCUGUUUUCCAACAUUAAAGAAAGGUAUGAUUGUUAUGGUCCAAAGGCUACUUAAACAGGUACUAAUGAGUAUCGAGGGGUGCCUAUUUACACAAAAGUCUUUUUACAAUUAAAGAUGACAGAGAGAAUGGUGGGAUGGAUGAAAACCAGCAGCACUCGUGCAAAGCAGUUAAAAGACAGAGGAGGACUUAUUUAAGCUCUGUAAACCUCAUUCAUGACUUCAUUUAUUUAGAUGAAAGCAUGACAGACAUACAGUAGCCUAUUCUUAUAAUAAAACUGUUUAGUGAUGAAGUAUUGUUUAUAUGUUAAACGAAUAACAGUUUUAUUUAUUUUGAUAGUUCACAAUACAGUAUAUUUCUUUACUAGUAGUAAAUCUAUGACAAUUGUAAAAAAAUAAAAAAUUAAAAAAGAACUGAAAAGAAUAGAAAAAAAAGAAUCAAGUCAGUAAUCGAAAAAAAAAAAUGAAUCCAGGAAUCAUCUGGUCAAAAUGGAAAAACAAUAACAGUUAAGAUGAAAAGAAUCAUUUUUACCUGAUGUUGUUCCACUUAGAUAAAUCCACUCUGUCAAAUCUACAUUUUGAAAAAAAAAAAAAAAGAAAUAGAAACCAUAAUUUUUGCUUCAUAUUCAGUCCUGACAAAGAUGUCACUCUGUGCAAAAUUAGCCAUCAGUAACUGCAAAUUUGAUUUGCAGUUACUGAUGUGCCGGACGAAAUGCAGAAACGCACUUUUUUUUUUUUUUAUAACUUGAUUUUCUGGGAUAUUUUACUGCAGUUGUGUGAUUUAUCUGCGUUUCCACAUUUCUUCCUAUCACGGCAUAUACACGGUAAUGUGCUGCAGUAUGAAUAUGUUGUGCUGAUGAAACCCACUCUCUCCGGCACAUGGUUAACCAAAGUGCUCUCACUGCUGCUGCACUGCAUUCAGCCUGUCCUGAAUACUGAUACCUGUACCUCUCUUCAUCGUUGGUCUAUCAAUAAACAGUAGUAAUAAUCAAAA